CGCGGCGCUGCCAGGCCGGAGUUCAAAGAGGGCGGGCGAGGGGCCACCCAGCGCCCACCUGUUUUGUUCUUAUUCGUGUUCCUCCCAGCCAACGCCAUGACGCCUCUCCACACGCUGUCCCUUCUUUAGCAGCACACGCGGGAAGAGAAGCAGCACGCAGACAUGGAUGAACCAAGAAAGCAUUCAUCGCCGCCACAAACACCACGAAGACAGAAUGGAGAGGAAGAAGAACCAGAAAGAAAAAAGGAGGUAAAAGAGGAGGAAGCUGAAGAGGAGGUGAAAGAGGAAGCUAGUGUUGGAAAAGAAGAGGAGGUGAACGAGGGGGAAGCUAGUGUUGGAAACGAGGAGGAGGUGAAGGAGGUCGAAGAAGCUAGUACUCGAAAUGAGGAGGAGGACUGGAAGGCCAGUUUCAUGGACCACAGAAUUCAUGAGGAUGAAGUUACCUACAAGAACUAUGACUAUUUUGUUUUCCCCCAUCAUGAUGAUGACGGAGAGGAGGAGGAAAAUGAGGGGGCGGCAGGGCCUAGUAAGGAGCACAACAGGACUUUUACUCAGCGUUCUUCACGCGAUCCUGUGGUGAAGAUUACUAUGAAAGACCACAAUGAGAGACCCUCUAUCACUGACCAGGACUCAGCACUAUCAUUACCAUCAGCAGAGGUUCUCGAGCCCUACCUCCUCGAUCAGACAGUCACCCUUUCCCCCUUGGAACUGGAGGACAUCGGAGACAGCGUUCUCAACUACACACAAUGGAGUACCACUACUACCUUGGGGGAGGUCAGUCACAUUCUGUCAUUACCACCACCAUCCUUAUCAAAGCAGCAUCCCUCAGACGACAGGCUAACUUGGCGUGACCCUAUACCACCCAUGUUACCUAAAGCACACCAUCGUAGACCCCGAGACCCCCCUGGUUCUUGUGAUGCAGAUGAGAGCCUUCUGGAGGAUGAGAGUCUAAGUGUGCUGUAUGAGGCAGAGUGGGACACAACCAAGUCAGAGUGGGACGCAACUAAAGGAGAGUGGAAGGACUAUCCGCACAUAGCACUCCCCUCGACCCCGACUCCGAGUCCCAAGACCAGUGGUGACGAAGUGGAGGUUUUUGACUUUACCAAACCGUGUCCAUCAGAGCCUGGCGAGAUGGCAGCAACUCGAAGGAGACCUGUGUUCGAGGAUGAAGGAGAGGUGGCUGAGAGGCCCAAUGGUCUUUCUGAACAGCACGAAAAGUCUACAGUUAAAAAAGGUGCCGAGUAUAAAGAUAACAGUAAGGAUAAAGAGGAGCUAGCUGAGAAAUCUGACUGGUUGUCUUACUAUCAGGAAAAAUCUGCAACUCCAAAGAACACAGAGUUUGAUGCUGACGACGAAGGUGAAGAGGUCCACGGGAGACCUUUUUUUGCGUUUGACCACCUUGAAAAGUCGGCAGCAAUAUCAGGCUUUGAGGGUCAUUCAGAGGUAACUGGAGGGCCUUCUCAGCAUCCAGCUCCCGCGUCUUGGAUCAUGCCAACACUAGUAAUUGACACCUGUGCUGAGGAAGUUAAGUCCUCAGACCUUGGAGGCGAUGAAAGUCUAUCAGAACAGCAAGAAAUGGACACCACUCCACAUCUCCCUCUUUUACCAGAUAGCAAGAACAAAUUACCACGGUCUUCCUUGCAUGGUGAGCGGGAGAGUAAUGGUGACUUGACAGGGAAGGCAGAUCAAGGUGAUAACCAUAUUUCCCAUGGAGAAGUCGUGGUGAGGAAAGAAAACGGGCAAGGUGGUGAUCCCUGCAUGGAACAAAAAGAUGAUAAACCUCAAGAACCAAUCGAGAGUGAAGGAAGAUUGAUUGAAACACCAGAGCAGGAGUGCGGCAAGGGUGAAAAGAACGUCUGCUGCAGGGAAGAACGAAGUGGUUAUCCCUGUAUUAAGGAAAGAGAAAACGAGACAACUCAAGAACCAAUCGAAUUCAAAGGGAGGCUUAUUGAAACCUUACAAUAUUUAACGGAGCAGGAGCCUGAGAGUGACACGGAUGAAAAAGAUGGCAAUACCUCCUCCUCCAAUGAAGAACAAGAUGGUGAGAUUAACAUAGGCUCAGACAGACCAGAAAACACUACUACUACUACCCAAGAGAAAGAACGGAUCACAGCUGCAACUCAAGGGGAAGAGUUUACCAUAAUGACUGAGCAAGAGGAAAAGACUUCAAGAUCUUCCUUAGAUAUUAGAGAAGAGGGAUUAGGUCACAUUUCAAUAACCAUGGAAGAGGAAGCAUUUGAAUCCCAAAGUAACAGCGAAGAGGAACUGAAACCCACAACUGCAAACAAAAAGGAAAAAUCUACUAUUGUCAGCAAAGAGAAGAAUGGCGAUCUCUCUCCACCUAGUAGCCAAGAGGAAGAUACAGAGAACACAAACCCUAUUUCAGAGGGAAACCAAGAGGAAAAUGGACUUUAUCUCUCCACUACUACAACCAUAAACAAUAGGGAAGAGGAGGAAUUAAUAACAACUAAAGCAGAACCCAACACAACUAGUAGUCAAAAGGAAAUGGAACCCACCCCAACUGAUAAACAAGAAGUAGAACCCACCACACCUCGUAGCCAAGAGGAUAUAGAACCCACCGCAACUACUAGCCAAGAUGAAAUAGAACAUAAAAUUACGACCAGUCACGAGGAUAUAGAACAUACAACCACCUGUUAUGAGGAAGAAGAACUCACCGCAACCGCCAUACAAGAGGAAGUAGAACCCACCAUAACUACUAGCCAAGAGGAAGUAGAACCCACCACAACUUUCACCCAAAAGGAACAAGAACCCACCACAGCCACCAGUCAAGAGGAAGCCGAACCCUUAGCCACCAGUCAAAAGGACGUCAAACCCUCAGCCACCAGCCAAGAGGAAGUCGAGCCCUCGACCACCAGUCAAGAGGAAGUCAAACCCUCAACCACCAGUCAAGAGGAAGUCGAACCCUUAGCCACCAGUCAAGAGGAAGUCGAACCCUUAGCCUCCAGUCAAGAGGAAGUCGAACCUUUGGCCUCCAGUCAAGAGGAAGUCGAACCCUCAGCCACCAGUCAAGAGGAAGUCGAACCCUUAGCCACCAGUCAAGAGGAAGUCGAACCCUUAGCCACCAGUCAAGAGGAAGUCGAACCCUCAGCCACCAGUCAAGAGGAAGUCGAACCCUCAGCCACCAGUCAAGAGAAAGUCGAACCCUUAGCCACCAGUCAAGAUGAAGUCGAACCCUCAGCCACCAGUCAAGAGGAAGUCGAACCCUCAGCCACCAGUCAAGAGGAAGUCGAACCCUUAGCCACCAGUCAAGAGGAAGUCGAACCCCCAGCCACCAGUCAAGAGGAAGUCGAACCCUUAGCCACCAGUCAAGAGGAAGUCGAACCCUUAGCCACCAGUCAAGAGGAAGUCGAACCCUUAGCCACCAGUCAAGAGGAAGUCGAACCCUUAGCCACCAGUCAAGAGGAAGUCGAACCCUCAGCCACCAGUCAAGAGGAAGUCGAACCCUCAGCCACCAGUCAAGAGGAAGUUGAACCCUCAGCCACCAGUCAAGAGGAAGUCGAACCCUCAGCCACCAGUCAAGAGGAAGUCGAACCCUCAGCCACCAGUCAAGAGGAAGAAGAACCCUCAGCCACCAGUCAAGAGGAAGAACCCUCAGCCACCAGUCAAGAGGAAGAACCCUUAGCCACCAGCCAAGAGGAGGAGGCCAGCACCUCCCUCUCUUACGUGACGACCUUUGGCUCCUUGAAUGAAGUCACUUCCGCCGUCUGGGGUCAGGAGGGUCAGGCCACGUGCCCGCCUGACCUUGUGACCCCUGCUCCUGACCUCCCCGUGACCUCUGCUGGUGACCUCCACGUGGCCUUUGCGGAUGUAAUGAUGGAGGGAAACAAGAAAGAUGAUGAUGAGGAGGAGGAGACGCAGAAGGAGGGUGACGAGGUACAUCAGCAACAAGAGGAGGAGGAGGUUGUUGAAGCCCAGAAUGACCCGUUGUCGUGGUGGGCGUGGGAGGAGGUAUUCCAGGGCGUGGGUGAAAGUGACUCCAGCGGGCACAGCGCCGCCAGCAGGGCCUCGGAGCUAGCAGCCUCCACCACCGUAUCACCAACGGAAGCUCAGGAGGAAGAACCAGGCGGAGGAGGAGAAGGAGGAAGAAGCAGAAACGACAAUGAAGAGAAGGAAGAGGAAAAGGAAACCAACACUCAAUGGGAAAGAAAAUCGUCUCGAGGAAGCACAGGAACCCCAACGAGAGAGGACCAACUGGACGCUAUAUUCCACGGGUGUGAUGGCGCAGCGAGGGGCAAGGUGUCAGCGGGGCGCCUGGCUGACACACUCUCGACCCUCCUCGUUGAACUGCAGCCGAGAUGGCUGGUUGGGGAGCUGCGGGAUGCCCUCUGCAGUGGUGGGGAGGAGGUGGAACUCGACCUCCCCUCCUUCAGGCAGCUCCUCUUCACCUGGCUCCACGAGAACGCCGCCCACCUCAUCCCCAGCACCUCCUCCGCCUCCACCUCCGCCUCACCUCCACCUGACACCCUCCUCACCCCCUCACCACCACCUGACACCCUUCUCCUAGACCACCACCAAAAGUCACCACCACCAUUUCAACACCAGAAGCCAUCCUGCAUGCAACUCCAAUCCUCGACUCAACACCACCACCACCAGUACCCACUAGUUCACCAGUCACCUCAACCCCACUCCACACACAUGUCAUCACCACGAGUUCAACACCAGCCUGGACCUCAACACCAGCAGUCUCAACACCACUCCAACUUCCGCUUCCUGGGUCCUUUGAGCUUCACUGAUAACCUGGAGGAUUGGAUGGAGGACUCCCUACCUCCUAUCCCCUCUUCCCCCCCUCCACCUCCUCCUCCACUUCCUCCACCUCGCUCUCGACGUAGUCCUUCUAGCUCGAGGAACACCUUCGAGCAUUCUCUCUCCCACCCGAACAGAAGAAGCACCUUACUGCCUCGUGUGGGGGGGUGGGGGGCAGCUUGCGACGCCCCCCCUUUCGCCCCCCUGGAGGAUAUGGCCAACCCCCCGUCUCCCAUCUCUUUCCCUCGUUCCCUCUUCAACGGCGCGGCGACCCCCCGACCUCCGGCCCCCCCUCGCUUCUCCCCUGAUGAUGACGAUGGUGGCCCCAGGAGUCUGGAUCGUGAUAGGGGCGACCACCACCCUCCCCACCCUUACAACUCCUCCCACCCCCCGUACCCGCCCCCCCGCCGCUACCAGCACCACCAGAGCCACCUGCAGCACAGCCUCAACUACACCUACGGCAGCAUAGAGGACGAGGGCGGCGUCACCUCUCCUGACCCCGGGGAGCUGCAGCAGGAGGUGUUGGAGCUCAGCCACACCAACAAGCGGCUGACGGGGGAGAACCAGGAGCUGACGACGCACCUCACCGCCGCGGAGGAUACCAACGCGACCCUCAGGGAACAGUGCGUCGGCCUGCGUCAUGCCUUGCAGGGAGUCCAGCAGCAGUUGGAGGCGGCGCGGGCCCUGGAGGCGGAGGUGGAGGCGGCCCGCAGACUGGUGGAGGAGGGGAAGGACGAGCGGGAGCAGCUGCUGAGCCGCCUCUCGCAUUUGGAAAGAGACAACACUUCGCUCACCACCAGGCUGCACACCCUCUCGAAGCAGUUAAAUGCCGCACAAGAGGAACUGGAUGGGCGUACUCAGUGGGAGGAAGAGGCGGUGCAGAGACACAGGGAUGAAGUGGGCCGCCUCUCUGCAGAGCUGGCCCACUGGAAGGCCCAGGCACAGACACAAACCCUCGCUGCCUACCGCCUUCAGGAGACCCUUGAGGAUGUGAAGAAGCUGGUGGAGGUGCUGAGGGAGGAGAAGAGGAGCCUGGAGGACCAGCUCAACCAUGUCAAGGAGGAGCUGGCGGCUGCAACGCGCACCGAGAGUGAUCUGAGUCUCCUUGACGGGGCAGAAGGUGCGCUGGCCCUGGACUCCACAUCACCUGAGAAGUCAUUCGAUGGAUCUGGGAGGGAAAAGGCCAGUGGUGCAGGCGUCACACCCAGAACACCAGCAGCCUUCACCACCACUGCCACCAACACCUCCGCUGCCCCGACCCCUCCACCAGCCCCUUCCCCCUCUGUCAACACUCCGCUAAGCAUCCAUUCGGAAAUACAAACGAUGGGCGAGGACAGUGGCUCGCUGCCUUUCUGUGAGAAGACGGAGGGAGGCAGCAAGGAGGAGAGAGGAUCUUGCUCUUUUUCUGAGGCUGGUGACUCCCCCCUCGCCUCUGUCCUGACCACGAUGCUGCGGUGGUGGAGGGAGUGGGAGGAGCGAGGCAUCCCCCUGCUUCGUGCCAUGCUGGACAAGGACACGGUUGCCCUGCACAGUCACGUCGCCACCCAUUAUGAGGAGCUGGUGAGGCUUGAGAAAGAGCUGCAGGAAAUCCGACGGGUGACACACUCCUCUCCAGUCACCCCUGGACUCGCGUCACUGGAGGAGGCACUGAAGGAAGGGUCGGUGGGCAGCAGUACACAAGACUCUGCCCUCCCGUCCUCCCAGGCCACCACACCCACCCUGCCCAAGCGUAACUCCCGCACGCCUGGCUCACACGUGUCCCAUCUCAUCUACAUGUUCGAGUCAUCCAGUCAGUCCAGCAGCCCCGUGUGUUCUGAGGCCAGCGAGCACCCAGGGUCUGUUGAGCACCCCAGCAGCCUCACCCGCAUGAUACAGAGGGCAAAGUGGCCACGUCGGAGAUCCUACGACGACGGUACGAGAAGUGAAUCCACGAACUCCGAGGAUGGGAGGAGCUUAGACCAUAACCUCAGAGCCUCGUUGGAGAAUGUGAGAUGUGAGGACAACCAGAGUGACCAUCGGAGGGACACUUGUGAUGGCCAUGGCCCUGAGUCUAGCAUUGAUGUGGACGGGGGAAGCCAAGCGAGUGACCACAUUGAGAAAGACAGGGAUUCUAUCUUCCUGGAGUAUGGAUUAGAUCUAGGUGAGGAGAAUGAGGAGGUGGAGGAGGAGAGGACCAAAAUUGACAUCCACAAGCCUCCAUCCACUACAACUCAAAACCAGAAUGAGAAAAAGCAAAAAAAAGGGAAGGGAACAGAACAUGACAUUGAGAUUCAUACAGCCAUGACAGCACAAAGCCAGGAGGAGGAGAAGCAAGGAGAGGAUGACAGGAUGAACUGGAGUGUGACAGUGGUAGAGGAUGACGCGCUGGAGCCUGAGAGGGACCCGUACAUGGAGACGAGCCACCUGAUGAAGCUGAUGAAUGAGGUGGCAGAGGAGCGAGCCAUCAUUAAGGAGCUGAGGGAACAGUUGGUCGUUGCCGAGGACACGAGAGAGAAGGACUUCGCCGUGCUCCAAAGAAUAUACCGGCAGGUUCUGCAGGUGUCCUCCGAGACCUUCAGAUGGACGGAGGGGGUGAGGAGGGGAUGGCUGGCGGUGGUGGUGCCCAGGGUGGUGGGGAGGGGAGAGGUGGGGGAGGGGGCGGAGUCCCUCACUCCCGCCACCCCCACCCAUCCACUUGACGAAGUACCCCUCACCACCUCUUUCUCCCGCGAAGAGAUCGAGGCGCUAAUCUCCGCGAGACUCGACCCACCGUGCGAGGCCAGGCUCAGAGAGGAGGACAUGCACGUGUCAAGUCCAGAGAACCUCGCGGCGGAGCUCGAGAAAGAACUAACAGCCCUUCGUGUGCAUGUUCUCCGCUCCCACGCCCUCCUGCACCACUACCAGAGCAGCAGCAGCGGCAGCCAGUAUGGGAGUCGUGCCGAGGUGUCCACCCCCGCCCCCCUUCUCCACCACGGCCCAGGUGUGGAGGUGGGCGUGGAGUGUGACCUGUGUGGACCCACCUGUGUUCCGCGCCCCUGCGACUCCACCGCCACCCAGACCCCCGCCUCGCCCCUCUCCUCUACCCCAGAGUUCGAGGAGCCGCCCACCACGACCCUUCUCACGACCAGCAGCGCACAACGUGAAGAAGAAGAAGAGGAGGAGGCGCGGAGGAGGAGGGAAGAGCAGGAGGAGGAGGAGAGGAAGAACAAGGAGGACAAAACACGAGGGAGGAGGCAGAGAGUGAAGUGGAAGGAGGACUUGGAGAACCAGGCUGAAGAGGAGGAGGAGGCGGUAAAGAGGGAAGAGAAGGAGGAAGAAGAGGAGGAGGAGGAGGAGAGGAGAGACAUCAAUGAAGGGACAACAACAUCAACACAAGAGGAACAGGACUUGCUCUUAUCCGUGGGUGGGGGAGCGAAGGACCCCCCUCACCCCCAUCCCCAGCACCGCCACGCCCCCCAGCAGGCCCCACAGCAGCCCCAGCGCCCACCACCCCCCCGGCAGGUGGGUGUCCCUGACCUACCUGAGCACCGACAGCUUCGCCAGGUAGAGGUGUUGCCGCCCGCCCACAGGACCCUUCGGCAGCUGGGUGUGGGCGAGGAGGAGCAGCAGGAGGCGGCGCAAGGCGUGGACGAAGGCGUGGAGAUCAUCCCGAUGACCAGCGAACACAGCCUCUACAGCCCCAAGCCCGCCUACGACCACCUUGACCACUACAGGUCAGGUGGGCAGGCGCGGGGCACAGGCGAGGAAAAGGUACGCAGGUCAGGCCUCUCCACCGUCACUCCGCUGCUGAACUCAGGAGAGGCAAUCCCCGGCCCUCCACGGUCACGCCCUCGCGCACAGAUGGAGCUGACCCCCCUCUCCCCCCCUCCUUCCCUGGACAACGUGGAGGAGGAAGACAUGGAGGAAGAGGAGGAGGAGGAGCCGGCUCUUCCCUCCACACCUGAGUCGAGUUCCUCAUUAGCCUCAGGUGACGUGUUCCCCCACCCACCCCAGCCCCCCCGCGGCCCCCCUCGCCUCCCCCGCCAGAUGUCCAUGAAUGUCCCCGAUCCCCCCCCUGCCGCCGGCCCCGCCAUGAGCCCCCCACUCCACCCGCCCCAGCAGGAGCAGGAGAAGCAGCAGGAGACACAGGAGGAGGCGAGCCCGGAGGAGGAGGAGAAGAAGAAGAAGGUGUUCCCAUCGCUACACGACACGGUGCUUCGGAUGGCCGGCCUGGCUCGCGGGGAUCCAGUCUUCACACCAAACACCUCGACCCCCACACACCCAGCAGACCCAGGCACCGACACCCCACACCCCCACGAGCAAGCGGACACCCCUCUUCCCGCGCUGGAGGGGGUGCGGGUGGGGGAGGAGGUAGGGGGCGGGGGGCUGGUGCGGCCUGGCUUAAGGGGGGAGGGGAAGGAGAGAGGCAAGGAGACCCCCCCACUAUCCGGGACUCCCCCCAGCACCCCAUCACCUGUGGAGGCUGCCCGCGGUCCACCCUCACCUGAACGCGACAAUUUACCUGAGAAGGCGCCGCCUGGAGACCCUCGCUCACCUGGAAUCCCUUCACGGCGUGCCCCUGAGAGGAGAAUAUCACGCACGCGGAUAAACAACUUAAUUGGAAACGCCACGAUACCUGAGGAGACACCUGAGGAGACAAACGGCUCGCCUGAGAGAACGAAACCUGCGCCAAAGACGGAAAGAAUAUUCGUUCGAAGAGGCUCAUUACCUGAGAUCAAGACUUUACCUGUGGAGUCACCUGAAAAGAUCAAAUUACCUGUGAAGACUUCCAAUUCACCUGUAAUCACCGCCCCACACAAGCCCGAGACGGAAACAACACCUGCGCGGAAGACUUCUUUACCUGAGACCAAGACUUCACCCGCGGAGUCCCCUUGUAAGACUCAAAGGUCACCUGAGAGAGCAAAACCUAGAGUCACGUUCUCACCUGAUACAAAGACGGACGAAAACUCACCGGGAGAAAACCCAAUCAAGAUAAGGUCAUUUUCCGAGCUCACCGACGCUCUUGGGAUCAUCACCUCGCCCUCAGGCCACGCAAGAGCAUCCAUUAUCGUGUCUAGCUCCUUCGACGCCCCUGCAGGCAUGGACGCCGAGCUGCCGGUCCCUGAGCAACUGUCCUGCCUCUACGACGUGGUGAAGGCAGUCAAGAAUAGCAACGAGAACUUAUCGCCGCAAGAGAUCGAGACCAAGUUUACCCAGCUGUCCCUCGCCUUCAAGACAGACCGCCUCACCCUCCGCCAGCGCCUUGACCUCCAGCAGCGGCACCGAGACACCGCCGAGAACAACCAUGAGGCGGAUAUGGAAUGCCUCAGGAGAUACGUCUGGGAGAUCCAGGCCGAGUGCACAGAUCCUGAGGUUUCGGAUGCCAUCAGUCGACUACGCCGCCACCUGGACAUCCUCGCCGCCACAUCCUCCAGGCUCGUCUCCACCUCAGAGGUGUGGGGAGCGGUGCAGCAGGAGUGGCGUCUGGCCCGUGCCGUGGAGGUGAUCUUCCGACACGUGGAGGACGUCAAGAGGAAAUAUGAGAGUGUCAAGCAGGAGCUGGAGGAGCUGAGAGGGCUGCUGACUGACUACAAGAUUGAGCUGCCAGUGAGUCAUAUGAUGGGCAGCAGUGCCAUCAGUGGCUGCAACAACCUGGGCGCCUCGGACUCCCCGAGUACCAGUAGGAGAAUUAGGGCACUGAGCCUGGCGGGGAGCAGCAAUAAGGCAGGGUCAGAGAAGGAGGGUCGCCGUGUCAGCCUUGUGUCUUCCAAAACUUCCUCGAGCGGCUUUGCAGGAAGUGCCAGGUCGAGAGGACGUCGUGCCUCUCUAAUGCCAGAUCUCAAGCCCUUCAGGGAGCCGUUGGCUGCCGUCGCUGCUGCUUCGGCUGUCGCUGCCUUUAAGGAAUCCUCUUCUUCCUCCUCUUCCUCCUCUGGUAGUGGCCCCACUGCCUCCAAAGAACAGGGAGAGGAAGUGCCUGGGACUGGAGCGCCACCUUCUCGCAGCCUCAGACGGUGGAACUGCAGCAUAACAGAGGAAGCAAGUGAGAGUGGAGAGGAGGAGGGUGGAAGCAGCAGUCAGGACAACGCCCCCUCCACUGCCGCAGCCUCCGCCACAGCCACCACUACCGCCGAGGAUAGCGGUGGCUCCUAUUCCAACCUCAGCCCACUAAGUCCUGACACUUUGAGUCGUCUUCAAGCUCUCGCAGAAAUGAAGCACGGGUCAGAUGACUCAGAUGACAGGGCUAGUGAUGACCAGAGCCAGUCAGAAGUGAGUCAGGGAUCCUUAGAAGACUACCAAGAACCUCCCCCUCCCUCCUUCACUGCCUCCUUAUGGAACAGAUUAGAAAGCCAACACUGGAUAAUGGUUGCCAUGGAAAAGAUGGAAAACAUGCUCGGAUGGAGAACCUUAAUUUACUCAUGCAGCUGGCUGGUGGUGGCAAUCAAGGAGGUGCUUGCUUGGGCCAAGGGUGGACAGUGGCCCUACUCCCACCAGCAGACCGUACUGGGGGCGCGCUAUGCCUUCACCACCUUGCUGCUUUUCGUGGCUGCACUCUUCCUGCUGGUGACGCUCUCCUCGGGGAACGCCAGUGUUCGUCAGCCCCGCCACCACGGAUGGACCACCCUGCACCACCUCCUGCACCCCUUCGUCUCCCUGCGCUACCUGGACCCACCUCCCACCUGACCUGUGGCACGCCUUGCUAGUGAGGGGUGAGGUGCUGUGUCCCUCCCUGCCGUGAAUGACUUUGUUGUGCUGCUUCGUGCAGGCGCCGUUUUAUUACCACUUUUUAUUUUUUUUUAUUUUUUUUCAGUUUUUGUUUUUCAUGCUGGUGUGAAUUCAUCUAGUAUUUUAAUUCAUUAUGUACAAGUCAGUUGUUUCACAUUUGUAAUUCUUUGUCAUCAUGGUUCAUUUUAUAUUCUCCCCAUAUAAAUAUUUUCACUUCUUUCAUAACUAUACUCAUGUAAUUAGAGAACUUCUAUGAAUAUACCAAAUUAUAAAUUUUAUUGAUAUGGUGUGUGCAAAUGUGUAUGUGUGUGUGUGUGCUGGCAUGCGUGUGUGUGUGUAUGCGUUUUCAUCAAGAGCCGUCUGCAAUGCUUGUGUCAACUGAUGUAUCUCUUCCUGCAUCGGUCAGUUACGAUUCAGGAGAGCAUUGACCUCAUUGCUAUCAGAGGAAGCUCCCCUACCACUGCUUUUUGAGGCCAGCACCUGGAUUUGUGACAGCAUGACCUGCUCCCUUAACUUGUGGCGCUCGGCCACCUGAGGGUCAUGGUUGACAAUUGGCUCAUGAUCCAUAAUUGCCUUUGCCCCUCGAUGCUGCUCACUCUGCAGUUCAACAGUUUUGGCUUGCAGCUCUUUGAUAAGGUUGAACUGGUCCUCAUACUGGGGGGUUGGAAGUAACAUCAAAUGUCUUACUCAGUGCUUCAUAGGUUACUCCAGUUUGGGCAGUCAGCUCCUCCAUUUUGACCUUCAUGCAUUCCCUUGAUAACUCGGCCAUGAUUGCUUUUUCAGCCAUGUUGUGUGUGUUUAUCUAAUUGCAUAACUAAGUAAAUAUACACAACAUGGCAUUGUGUGUGUGUGUGUGUGUGUGUGAAGAUCCACUAUGUUGCUAAUACACUGCAGCCAGCCUUCUUUUUCCACCUUCAUACAAUGUUUUAAGAAGAAUCAAAGAGGUGCCCAGCAUGCAGCCUGGCAGCUCCCAGGGUGGAGGGGCUGUGUGGGCUGCCGCAGCCUCAAGCCUCGAGGUCACAGCAUUCGCCAACUGACUCAUGGUCACACAUGAAAUUUCAAUUUUUUUUCUUUUGUUAUUUAAAGCAUUACUGAGUUGGUCUUUGCUCACUUUAAUGGGUUCAGAAUGUUUAUCAUGUUACCUUUAUCAUUUACAUUAUUAAAAAAAUCAUUUUUCUCAGAAUUGUUCUGGUGAUUCGGAAAAUUUUAUGGAAAAUUAUCAUUACAUCAUGUAGUCUUCCAGGAAUUGAAUAUUAAUAAGAGUGUGAAACAACAGCUUGGCCCAAACACUGGCACCUGACACACCCAACUCAGCAAAGAUCCCUUGGAUGGGUGACAGCGAGUGACAGAGAAAUUGAAACAAGCAUCAGUCAGACUAGAUAAGCUGGGAUAAGUUUUCUGCCUUUAGUUCAACAACAAUUCUGUGAACUCUUGCUAAGCCAGUUUUCAGCCAUCCUUCACUAGGGCUUGUGUGGUUUAGCGGUGCAGUCUGCUUGGGAGCAACCUCCGUGUGGAUCUGACUUGUCAUUCAUGGCCCCACAGGCAUCUUCUUAACUCACUGGAGGUGCAUUUAAGAGUGUUUCUUUCCUUGUUAGGCUGCUUUUUUUAGUUACUCUGAAACAAAGGAAGGACUAUUAAGUCUUGAGUGCCAUGUAUUACCAAGUACUUUAUUUAUGCAUUAGGACUGCCACUACUCGCUGUUUUUACGAUGAUGGAGACUUACUUUUGUUCCCCUGAGCCUUUGUUUUCUUUCGGAGGAAAUGUCCUGAAGCAAAAUUGGAAAAAGUGUACUGAUUGUGUUCUCCAAGGAAUGCCAGUUUUUUUUAAAUGUGUGAAAGGACUGUGUUUUGUUUUGUAUUUGACAUAUAUCAUAGGGAGCAACAUGUAUUUACUGUGAUAACAUCAAAUGAAGUCAUGUAUAUCAAUAAAUCUAUGUGAUAA